AUGCACAUUUUCUGUAGGGAAAAAAAUCAUGUUUGUCAGGCAGUGGACCAAGAGAUUCAAGAAAGGUCUCUUUCCUUUUAUCUCUUCUUCUUUUUCUUUGAACACUUUCAUUCACUUUUUCUUCCUCUAAUUACUUUUAUAAUAUUUAUUUCUUCCUUUUUAGUUUUCAUUCCCCCCCCCGUGACUACAGUCAAUAUUCAAUCUCAGUUUUUCUCUUCUCCUUCUGUAUUUUCCUAUCAAGAAACUUUUUUUAAAAAAAUCCUUUUAAAACUCAUUCAUCUUAGAACAUUGUCUUGUUUUUCCUUAUUUUCUUUCACCUUUCUUUUUUCAUCUCUUCCUUCACAUUUUUCUCUUCCUUUACAUUUGUUUCUUCUCUUCCUUCACAUUUUUUCCUUCUCUUCCUUUACAUUUUUUCUUCUCUUCCUUUACAUUUUUCUUCUCUUCCUUCACAUUUUUUCUUCUCUUCCUUUACAUUUCUUUUUUCUUCUCUUCCUUUACAUUUUUCUUCUCUUUCUUCACAUUUCUUUUUUCUCUUCUUUCACAUUUUUCUUCUUUUCCUUCACAUUUCUUUUUUCUUCUCUUCCUUUACAUUUUUCAUUUUUUUCUUCACAUUUUUCUUCUCUUCCUUCACAUUUCUUUUUUCUCUUCUUUCACAUUGUUCUCUUCUCUUCCUUCACAUUUCAUUUUCUUCUUCCCUUCCUUUAUAUUUUUUAUCCUCUUCCUUCACAUUUAUUUUUUCUUCUCUUCCUUCACAUUUAUUUUUUCUUCUCCUCUUCUUUCACAUUCCUUUUUAUAUAUUUUAUUUACUUUAUCUUUCUUCCUCUCAUUCUACCAUCUCUUUCGUACCAUUUUCUUGCAGCUAUCACUCCUAUCCUCUUUCACCUGAUGGCUUCUACCUUUCUUAAUUUUCAUUGA